UUCACGAUUAGACGAGUAACAAGGAAUAGUGAGUGAAAGUUUUACAGAACUUCUUGCGGGGAGGAAGAGUAUGGGCUGGAUGAUGGGCGUUGACUAUUGGGCAGGACGAUAGCCGUCCAACUUUUGUACCAUCAAUUUACUAAAGUACCCCAAAGUCGGUUAUUGCUAUGUGGUUUGAUAGGUCGUUUCUUACGCCUCACCGUGUCCCUAGCCGCACCCGAUCACUCCCACGUAAAGACAGAAAAUUACUACCUGUACAGUAAGUAGUACGCGACUAUUUUGCGUUCUCCCCCCCCCCCUCCGGCGGAUUUUCCACUACUGGCUACUGCGUCGGCACGCCGUUAACGCUACUACGACCAUCAUCUUCCCCAAAUCCUCGGAAAUCAAAGAUGCUAUAGAAUGAAAAUGGAGAAUCCCUUCUGUUGGUUGGUUGGUUUCCGACUAUGAUAGAGUGUGUUACAUCAUAUAUUUAUAUACUAUUUCGGUUUUGAUGAGCAAUUAAAAAAAAAGGAAAAAGAAAAAAAAAUGAGAAUAAGAUUAUUGAAAAAUCUGGCUAGUACCAUCAUCAUCCACAAGAAAACCCUGUGGUUGCUAGGUAUAGGUGGUCGUGGUCGUACUACCAACUUCAAUCCGGUCAUUGGAGCUCUCACACUCAGCAGUUCCCCUCACCAAAAUGACCAUUCCCUGGCCUACAUUGAAAACCCUAACUUUAAGAUUUCUAAGAGGUGGCACAUUGGCCACUCCGACCACCACCGCGAUCAUGAAGACGACCUCCUCUCCGGCAAGGAAGGCGAGAGGAUUUUCCGCCUGGGACUCGCCUCCGAUGUCGGCUUGGCUGCUGGUAAAGCCUUGACGGGUUACCUCUCCGGUAGCACCGCCAUCAUUGCCGAUGCCGCUCACUCUGUCUCCGACGUGGUUCUCAGUGGAGUGGCAUUGUUGUCUUUUAAAGCUGCAAGGGUGCCCAAGGAUAAAGAACACCCAUAUGGUCAUGGUAAAUUUGAGACUCUUGGAGCCCUUGGAAUUUCAGCUGCGCUUUUGGCUACUGCUGGAGGUAUUGCAUGGCAUGCUGUGGAUGUUUUGCUGGGGUUUUGGUGUGCAGCUCCUGAGGUUAUUAAUCAGUCAUUGGCUCACGAACACAUGCAUGGACAUGGUCAGGGUGGACAUCACCAUGGAAUUGAUAUGGCUCACCCUGUCCUAGCUUUGAACAUGACCAUAGUGUCUAUAGCUGUUAAAGAAGGGUAUGGUGGUCAUCCAAGUUGUAAAUACUGCUCAUCAGAUCUUGCUUAUCUAUAUUUAUCCUCAGAGAUCAAGCAAUUCCCAUUUUUCUUGUUAUACUGGAUUACCAAGAGGGCUGGGGAAAGGGCUAACAGCAGGCUAAUGAAAGCCAAUGCUUGGCAUCAUCGUGCAGAUGCUGUUUCAUCAGUAGUUGCUCUUAUAGGGGUUGGAGGGUCCAUACUUGGAGUGAGGUUCCUUGAUCCUUUGGCAGGACUAGUUGUCUCUGGCAUGAUCCUAAAAACUGGACUUGAAACUGGUUAUGAAAGUGUCUUGGAACUGGUAGAUGCUGCUAUACCAUCACAACUAAUGGAACCUUAUAGAAAUGCAAUUCUGCAGGUUGAAGGAGUUAAGGGAUGCAACCAUUUGAGAGGACGGAGGGCUGGUUCUUUUCUCUAUCUUGAUGUAAACGUGGAGGUUGAUCCUUUUUCUAGUGUUAGUGCUGCACAUGAUGUUGGUGAAAAUGUUCGUCGGAAAAUACAGCAGUCCCAUCCUGAAAUAGCUGAAGUCUUCAUCCAUAUAGAGCCUUCAAGCUCCGGUAUUCCACCAGUCCAUAGUGCGACAGAGGAAGAUGGUAAAUCUAAUGAAAAUCCUAGUGGGUCUUUGGAAUGCUCAGAUGUUGAAGAUAUAGUGUCCAAUAUCUUGUCAUCAAAGUUUGCAGAGAAACUGACAGUUCAGCGGAUAACUCGUCACAUGUUGCAAGGGCGGAUUUUGCUUCAGAUUGAGGUUACUAUGCCUCCUGAUAUGUUAAUUAGGGAUGCUGUCAAAGUUGCAGAAGAGGCAGAGAAAGUGAUCUUCGAGGCUGUACCAAACAAUGUCAGCAUUUCUAUGCAGCUACGACUUGCACAUGCAACACCAAACUUGCAUUAUGAAUGGAAAGAAAGCGACAAUGGCAGUAGAGUCACAUCUCCAUAGUUCAAUGCAGUUCUUUUCGACAGACAUUUGGGGCUAUUUUUGGUGCAAAGCCCUAAAUGAAUCUAAGUUGUCUAAAAGCAGUAGUAUUAGAAUACACGACACGAUUUCUAAUCCUAGAUGACAGGAAGCAUUGUUUUCAGGUUUGGACCGGAUCGGUCGGUUGAAUCGGUCAGACUAGGACCAGGUAGCCGGUUCAAGUCAGUAUAAAAACUCGAAAAUUAAAAAAACUGGUAAAACCUGGUCAACACCCUGGUCUAACCAGUGAACCGGUGUAGUUGUAUUAAACCCGAUUUUUCUCUUCUCCU